AAGAAGCAUUGAAUGAGCAGUUGGUAGACAGAGCUGCGGUAAUUCUUCCUGUUUUUCUCCAGUUUUCCGCCAGUUGCUUCCAGCCAUGCCUGAGCCCUCCAAGUCCGCUCCCGCCCCGAAGAAGGGCUCCAAGAAGGCGGUGACCAAGGCGCAGAAGAAGGACGGCAAGAAGCGCAAGCGCAGCCGCAAGGAGAGCUACUCCGUGUACGUGUACAAGGUGCUGAAGCAGGUCCACCCCGACACCGGCAUCUCCUCCAAGGCCAUGGGCAUCAUGAACUCCUUCGUCAACGACAUCUUCGAGCGCAUCGCGGGCGAGGCUUCCCGCCUGGCGCAUUACAACAAGCGCUCGACCAUCACCUCCAGGGAGAUCCAGACGGCCGUGCGCCUGCUGCUGCCCGGGGAGCUGGCCAAGCACGCGGUGUCCGAGGGCACCAAGGCCGUCACCAAGUACACCAGCUCCAAGUGAGCCCGCCCACCGCGGAACGUUCGGUCAGUCUCGGCCCACACCCCAAAGGCUCUUUUCA